AUGAGUAUGGAAGAUUAUGAUUUCCUCUUCAAAAUUGUUUUAAUUGGCAACGCGGGUGUGGGGAAGACCUGCUUAGUCCGUCGCUUCACUCAGGGACUUUUCCCACCAGGUCAAGGAGCCACAAUCGGAGUUGACUUUAUGAUUAAAACUGUGGAGAUAAACGGUGAAAAAGUAAAGCUGCAGAUCUGGGACACGGCAGGACAAGAGCGGUUCCGAUCCAUCACGCAGAGCUACUACCGCAGCGCUAACGCCUUGAUCCUGACCUACGACAUCACCUGCGAAGAGUCCUUCCGCUGCCUCCCGGAGUGGCUGCGGGAGAUCGAGCAGUAUGCCAGCAACAAGGUCAUCACCGUGCUAGUGGGUAAUAAGAUUGAUUUAGCUGAUAAGAGGGAAGUCUCCCAGCAGAGAGCUGCAGAAUUUUCUGAAGCACAGGACAUGUACUAUCUGGAAACCUCAGCAAAAGAAUCGGAUAAUGUGGAAAAACUCUUCCUGGACUUGGCUUGCCGGUUGAUCAGUGAGGCACGACAGAACACCCUUGUGAACAAUGUCUCAUCCCCCUUACCAGGAGAGGGGAAAAGUAUCAGCUACUUGACUUGCUGUAAUUUUAAUUAA